AUGGCUUACUUCAACGCUACAAAGGCUGCCUGCAUGCUGGUUCCCGCAUCAUGGAAGCAUUACAUGACUAGAUGUUCCACCGAAUUCGGUCAGGAUGCGUGGAAGCCCAUCGCCAACCACGUCAAAAACCCUCACUACAUAAGCAAUGCUCGCAAGAUCUUCCUUGCCCACUCCUGCGCUGUGCGGAACUCUGCUCAGAACAUCACGUCGUCAGCCACCGCAAACAACCCAAGCCAGGAAGCCUGGGUGGUGGGGAUCUUCUGGGCUGUGUUUGUAUUCUUGGUCCUAUUCUACACCCCAGACAUGAUGUCGGCCAUGGACUCUGUCAUCACCUGGGCCAAAACUCUUCGGGCUUGGGACGUCAAGACUAUGGAUCCGGCUGUUGUCGACGCUGCCGUCAAGGCCGCCUGGCCUCCUGUUUUCGACGAAGACGGCAAUGCCGUCCUGCCGGCUUUUGUCAAGGAACACCUCGAGAAGAGGGGCUUGGCAAUCCCCAUCAAAUCUACGAGAUCUUCUUCAGAUGUCGAGACAAAAAUGGUCGGGUCUUUCGAUGUCAAGAGCCCCCACGAUGUCGAAUCACACACCUUCGCCACUCCCUCCUGGUUCCCCUUCAGAGUCUUCUUUCGCUUCCAGGCUCGCCCCUUCUUCAUCGGAUUUGCCAGCAGAGCAGACUGGCUCCAAAUAUCACCCACUUUGGAAACGUCCUUGCUCGAAAUGAAGAAUGCUGAAAUCGCUGCACUGAAGGCUGAACUCGAAGACACACUCAUGGAGCUCGACGAUAAGAGCGAGGAAAUGCAAGGCAUGAAGAUUCUCAUCGCACAGAAGGUAGAAGGGCAACGCGUAGACCUGGCCGCUGCACACAAGGACGUUGAUGCUAUUCGCAUGCGCAUCAGGAAAUUCGCACACGAUUUCCGCAAAACGGGCGCCGUGAACAAAAUCCAAGCAGAGCAGAUUAAGACAUUGAAGAAGAAGGUUCAGGAGCUGAGCAUCACCAACGAGAUCCUAACGAACGACAAAGAGGACACGCAGCGGUUGAGUGAAGAAAUCCAGAGAGAGAACGAGAACUGGAUCAAGACGAUGCAUGCCCUGCACGAUUCGGACAAGUCUUGCGAAAACGAGCGUCUCAAGGAGCAACUCUACGAACUCCAGGCCUCGCACAAUCGCAUCGCACUCUCCAACCUCACCCUGAAAGACAUGACAGCCUACGUCCAGCGCAUCAGCGCCACAAACGCCGAAGCCGUCACAAUCACGCAAACCAAACUCGACAACGCGCUCUGGAACGCCGAAGGCCUCCGCGAAGAACUCUCCACCACCGAGGAGAAGCUGCAAACGGCGCUGCACGAAGUCACCAUGCUGCGCAGCGAGCUCUCCGACCAGGAAAAAGCCCUCGACCGCCUCUCCACAGCCUCUUCCCACGACCAAGCACAGCUCAGCAGCCAACUCGAGCACCUCCACCAAGCAGCCACCACCAAGCAAGCCCAGCUCUCGCACGCGCUGGGCCGCAAAACGCGACUCCUGUGUGCCAUUGUCGCACACGAUGGCGUGAUGGCGCGCCGCUACAAAGCGCUGGCCGAGGCGCUGCGCAGCGAGAAACAGCACUCUGCCGACCUGAGCCGCGAGCUGGCGUGGCUGCAAUUCACAGACGCCGAAGCGACGCGGUAUCCGCAGUGGGAGAGUGCGGGUUUUGCAGACGAGGGCUUCGAGACUGGGGAUUCUGACGAGGCUGGGUAUGCGAGUGCGGAUACGCUAGAGCUGUCUGGGAGCGAGGGGGGCUCUGACAGCGAGUUUGAAGAGGUGGUGCUCUCGGACUCGAUGGGCGGGUUUGAGCGUGGUCAAUUGCUUUUCCGCCGCCGAGGAGAAGAGCGAGACUGA